GACCUACCCUGAAUAAAUAGCUAGCGGAAAGCGCCCGAGGCUGUUUCCCUGUGGUUUGGAGUCCCAGCACUCCCUGCUGUAAAUCCCAGCCUGCCCUCGGGACUGCCCGCCUCCUCUUAUGAAACUCUGGGCGGUAGAGCGACCUGUCCGAGUAGGGACUCGGACUACAUCUCCCGGCGUGCCUGGCACAAUAGUGGCCUCUGUGCGCCGUCUGCCUCGGUUGCAGGCGACAAUGCGGCAGGCUGUGAGCAUGGUGUCCCUUCUGGGCUUUCGCCUGCAGGCACUCUCAUCGGCCCUGGGUCGUCCGCUCAGUUGCACACAGGAUGUACUUCGCAGGACACCACUCUAUGAUUUCCACCUGGCCCACGGCGGGAAAAUGGUGGCGUUUGCGGGUUGGAGUCUGCCAGUGCAAUACCGGGAUAGUCACGUGGACUCGCACCUGCACACACGCCGGCAUUGCUCACUCUUUGAUGUGUCUCAUAUGCUGCAGACCAAGAUACUUGGUAGAGACCGCGUGAUGCUGAUGGAGAGUCUAGUGGUUGGAGACAUUGCAGAGCUAAGGCCUAACCAGGGAACACUGUCGCUGUUUACCAAUGAGGCUGGAGGCAUCUUGGAUGACUUGAUUGUGACGAACACUUCUGAAGGACACCUCUAUGUGGUGUCCAACGCUGGCUGCUGGAAUAAAGACUUGGUCCUCAUGCAGGAAAAGGUCAGGGAGCUUCAGAACCAGGGCAGAGAUGUGGGCCUGGAGGUGGUGCAUAAUGCCCUGCUGGCCUUGCAAGGCCCCACUGCGGCCCAGGUGCUGCAGGCUGGCGUGGCAGAUGACCUGAGGAAACUGCCCUUCAUGACCAGUGCUGUGAUGGAGGUGUUUGGUGUGUCUGGCUGCCGUGUGACCCGCUGUGGCUACACAGGAGAGGAUGGUGUGGAGAUCUCAGUGCCGGCUGUAGGGGCUGUCCACCUGGCAACAGCUCUGCUAGAAAACUCAGAGGUGAAGCUGGCAGGGCUAGCAGCCAGGGACAGCUUGCGCCUGGAGGCAGGCCUCUGCUUGUAUGGGAAUGACAUUGAUGAACACACGACACCUGUGGAAGGCAGCCUCAGUUGGACAUUGGGGAAGCGCCGACGAGCUGUUAUGGACUUCCCUGGAGCCAAGAUCAUUGUUCCUCAGCUGAAGGACAAGGUGCAGCGGAGGCGUGUGGGAUUGAUGUGUGAGGGAGCACCAAUGCGGGCACACAGUGCCAUCCUGAAUAUGGAGGGUACCAUGAUUGGUAUGGUGACCAGUGGAUGCCCCUCGCCCUGCCUGAAGAAGAAUGUGGCGAUGGGCUAUGUGCCCUGGGAAUAUAGUCGGCCAGGGACAACGCUGCUGGUGGAGGUGCGGCGGAAGCAGCAGAUGGCUGUGGUCAGCAAGAUGCCCUUUGUGCCCACACACUAUUACAUCCUCAAGUGAAGAUGACCCUUAAGUGAUGAUGACAGCAGGGCCGUCCUCUUAGGAGUCUUGCUCUGGGUAGCAUUCUACAAGGGGUUAGGAGGCUGGACAGAAUUCACUGGGGGUGGACAGCUACAUUGGAGGCUGGUUCUAUCUGUCAGGAAGAAGGGGCCAUACCUUAUAUUCUCCCCACCCAACCCAUGCCUUUCCAACUUCAGGAUCCCAUUUGAGUGAUGGACUAGCUCACCCAGUAUCCUGUUUCAGUCCAUAAUCCCACUGAUGCCCGCAGGUGGGAAAUAAGAAGCACUGAUUCUGUAAUCUCUCUUACUCUGCCAAGGGCUGGCUGUGGAGCAAAGGCUCAUCUUUGUGAGGGGAGGGGAUAAAACCUGCCCAACCUACCUCACCACAGUUUCUCACAUUGCAAACAGUUACUAUCAUGGGCAGUUUGCUUUCCAUGAAUGCAAACUGUUGCCUCUUCCUGGGCAGGAAUGAUUCCUGACUCACAGUAUGGCUGCUAUGCCUGUGUGUAAACUUGGGGAGGGCUGAGUCAGAGUCGUCUUAACCUGCUGUCCAGUAGCAAACCAUGGCAUGCUCACCACCUGUUCUGAGCCCCAGGGCUAUUGUAGGGCAAGCUGGGCUUCUUCCUGGACUUAUCUUAUUACCCUGGGCUGACCUUUACCUCUGGAACUCAUUACUGAACUCCACUGAGUCCUGAAAAAAAAAUUAAACCUUAUUUGCCACA